AUGGAAAACCCAAAUUCUCCCGAACGCACAGCCCCGAUACAACAUGUACGCAUUUCACGAGCUUUUCGUCAAUUUAAAAAUCCACCGCAGCCUCAUAUGUGUAUACAAGAUACAAUAAAAGAUUCUACUGAAAAGCUGUUCAUCAAUGUUUUGGGAUGGCAGAAAAUUGCAAAUCCGAAGCAAUAUUCUGAUCCUAUACCUUUGUACGGCGGAAUGCAGGUGCAUCAUGCUCUGGGUCCAAAUAGUAGCAGACCGCCGCUUUUGGUGUUUGCUGUGAUGGUUAAUCCAGAAAUUUUAAAGGCUAAUGGAAAAAAUGCUUCAAAUCCGAGUGAUCGAGAUGCAUUAGUGAGUCUCCUUUGUGACUUUGUGGAAGCGAUGAAUCCAGGAUUAGUGCUAGCAAGAAAUCCACUUAUAAUGAAAGACAGGGAUCUUGCUGGAGAGCUGAAGGAUGUGUGGCUUGCUGUACAGAAUAAGAGAGAACGAGAAAAAGGAUUGUCUCAAGAUGUUAUGUAUAAGGUUUAUGAUAUUGAUGGUAUUGGCAAUGAUGAUGUUAAUGAUGAUGAAAGGAAUAACAGCAAACAUGAUAAAGAUUGUGAUGGUAACUCUCCCAACAAGAGUCAAGCUUUUGACAAGAAAAAUGUUAAGUCUUCUAAACAAAUACUUAUGAAUGCCGGUCAAAAGUCUGAAUUUGAUUCUGGAAUGAACAAUUGCCAACUGAAUCAAAAUAGUCCAAGCAAAGACAACAGGUGUGCAAACACGGAUGCUGAUACAACAUACUGUACAUCAAAAUAUGGACAAAUAGUUUCCAGCAGAGAAAAUCACAAUCAAAUUAAUGAAAUACAACAAAAAAUAACAUCAAAUGAUACAAAUCCCUCGAGCUCAUUUAGAAAAGACUGCAAUUCAGUAAACAGUAAUACAUCACAAAGUUGGGAUGAAUUUUCAAAAAGAAGCAUGUCGUCAAUGAAAGCAGAAGAAAGGAAAAAAGCUAAAUCAAAAGAAAAUACAUGGAGCAAUGGAAAAACACAUUAUGACUUCUUCCCAGUUUUCAACAACAAAAGUAACGAUAGUGAGGACUCUGAGAGUAUAAAAGACAGAAGUAAAGAAGACGAUUCUAACGUAAUUAUAGAUCCAAUGCAGAAGCUAGUUCUGCAUUCGACUGAUAAUAAAAUUUGUGAUAAUAAAUCAAGAGCUCGCUCAUUUAGUACAUAA